CGGCUCCGUGCGGGCCGCGCCGCUGAGCGCGCGCCUCCCGCGGCGGGCGAGGCGAGUCGAUUGUCUUUAGGAAAUGGCCUCUUCUAAAUCCCUGAUGAACCUUCUAACCUUCACUUUUGGAUCAGCAGUAGGGUUUUUCCUGUGCUAUCUCCUGUUCAGCAUGAUCCUAGAAGAACAGAUUAAGAUCCAGCCUCACAUUCUUCACAAUGAUCCACACGGCCAACAUUCAGCAGAUACUGGUAGUAAUCAGUUGCAAGGACAGAUGAAUUUCAAUGCAGACUCUGGACAGCAUAAAGAUGAGAAUAAAAAUGUUGCAGAAGGACUCUAUCAGAAGGUGAAAAUACUCUGUUGGGUGAUGACUGGACCUCAGAAUCUAGAAAAGAAAGCCAGACAUGUUAAGGCCACUUGGGCCCAGCGUUGUAAUAUAAUACUUUUUAUGAGCUCUGAGGAAAAUAAAGACUUUCCAACUGUGGGCCUAGAAACCAAAGAAGGCAGGGACCAACUCUACUGGAAGACUAUUAAAGCUUUUCAAUACGUUUAUGACCAUUAUUUUGAUGAUGCUGACUGGUUUAUGAAGGCAGAUGAUGAUACGUAUGUUAUAUUGGACAAUUUGAGAUGGCUCCUUUCCAAAUACAAUCCUGAACAACCAAUAUACUUUGGAAGGAGGUUUAAACCUUACGUGAAACAAGGAUACAUGAGUGGAGGAGCAGGAUAUGUUCUAAGCAAAGAAGCUCUGAAGAGAUUUGUUACAGCAUUUAAAACCAACAAGUGUUCUCACAGUUCUUCUAUUGAAGACCUGGCACUAGGAAAAUGCAUGGAGAUCAUUAAUGUGGAAGCAGGAGAUUCUAGGGAUACAAAUGGCAGAGAAACUUUUCAUCCUUUUGUCCCCGAGCAUCUCUUAAUCAGAGGAUACCUACCAAAAACUUUCUGGUACUGGAAUUAUAAUUAUUAUCCCGCUAUAGAGGGUCCUGGAUGCUGCUCUGAUCUCGCUGUUUCAUUCCACUAUGUUGAUUCGAUGACUAUGUAUCAGUUGGAGUAUUUGAUUUAUCAUCUCCGUCCAUAUGGGUAUUUGUACCGGUACGAUCCCGAUUCUGCAAAGAAUCCAGAAGAGCAGGAUAAAAAUGAAGCACUGGAGGAUAACCCAAAGCUAAGGCAAAAAGUUUCUGAGAAUUAAUCAGGCUUUGAAGAGAACUGAGAGGCCAGUAUGGUGAAGAAUCUCCUGCAUCAAGCUUGGACAGAAGGCCAGAAUUCCUCAUGGUGACUCUUACAUCCCCAGUCAUCGUUGGCAGUGUUUUCUGUCCAUAGCUGUGUAAAACAGAGUCUCGUGCUGGCUCUGACUGGGGUAGUGUGACCUUGCAGCCCCGCUCAUAAAGAUUUGGGCCCUAAAGCUGUGAAUGAAGUAGGAAGCUGUGCUGGUGCACUGGUACCCGGGAGAACUCUCACGAAAAAUSUGGUGGGCAGGUUCAAAGAUAAUCAUGCAGUAUUUCUGCCCCUUUUCUGCUUUUUAUUUCCUUCCAUGUGUUCUGUUAGGUCGGCUCCAAUAGGAGACACCUGAUGCUGCACAGUGAAAUACUUCAUGAUGAUUUUCUGUAGCAUUCUUGGUAUCGCAAAGUUUUGUUAAAUAUCUUGCCCUAUAGGGAAGGAAUGGGGUGGAAACAGUCUCAAAUUCAUUUGCCUUAAAGACAGAYUGGUUAAUGUGAGCAGACAGACAUCAGCUCAAAUGAUUUAAUCCAAAUUGUUUUCCCAAUGAAAUUCAUAGCUAUGAAUUCAUUUCUUUUAAAACCCUGUUUACUAAAGCUACUGUACGAAAGAAUAUGAAGUUUAAUCACUACAGUUCUGUGGAGAAAUGUUUAAAUUUGAGGUGAUAGGAGGAGCUUACCUAUUUGCCUGUGGCAGUGCUUUCUUUUUGUCUGCAAUGUAUCGAUUUCUUGACCAAAUAGUUAUAAAAAUCAUCUCAGAACUUCUCAGCAAAAGAUAAGGUGGAUUUUUUUAAUCUGUCUUAUCACAUCUUCUAUGUAAACCAGGAAAUUUACUAUUUUAGCAGAGUUACACUGGCACAUAAUAACAUGGGUUCACCCAGUAUUGUAAGUAGUUUAUUUUUAUUUUUUCAUCACUGUAUUUUAAAUUUCUGGAGCCACUGUGUUUAUAAAAAAGGUACAAACAAGUCCUGUUUUAACACUGCAGCAAAGCUGAUUUGGUUGUUUCUGUACACAUUUAAUUCAUUUGCUUGAAGUACUUAAUUCCACUUCUCUGAGGAUUUUCUGCUCAAUUUGAAACUUUGUUCUGURUUUGUUUGUUCUCCGUUUCAGGACCAAGUGUUAAAUGCUGCCUCAAUAACUUAGUGUUCAGGUAAGCCCACCUGAAUGCAGGGAUGCUUCAGAGCGCAUUAACCUUCUCCACCCUGUCACGGGUGUCUCUGCUUCUUAUCUAAACACCCUUUCUUGGUCUUCUCUGUGGUGGCAAGGUUUGUAUUUUCAUUACUGGGGAGUUCUCAGAGGCCAAGCCUACAUUUUAUAUGCACCACAUAAAACCUUUUAGUUUUCUCUCUUUCAAAUUCACUUGCUAGUGAGUUUUUUUGAGUGCRUUUUUUAAGCUUGAUGCAUAGAGUGUCUUUAUUCCACAUUUGGUCAGAAGUUUCUUUAUCUUUUUAUCAGUUUAUCUUCAUCAUAUUGAUGAAUUUGGAUGGAACCUGAUUACCUCCAGCCAUAGUUUUGGAAAGGGCACAUAGUGGGAGCAGACGGCCUUCCCAGGCCCUGCUGUCCUGUAGGAUGUUUCUAGAAGAGGAUGUUACCCCAAAGUACUGGAUUUUUUUUUUCUCUCCCAAAGGUGGGAUUGGGAUCAUGGGGAUUGGGGUCCUGCAAGUCUGUCAUGACUUUUAUUCUGAUUGUUACUCUGCAGCAUGAUGGCAGUCAUGGAAACAUCUCAUGCUAUUGAAAUAUAUCCACCUUUGCUGCUUUGCCUGAAUAUAGGCUGGGUUUAUGUAUCAAGUAUCAAUUACAUAGUUCCAAUUAAAUAGUAUCAGGGUUAAAUCUGUGGGUAUUUAAUAAACAAGAUUUGCUUCUGAAGUACUGAAAAGGAUAGGAGCUUUAUUUUAUGUUAAUACAGUUAUUUAGAAAAUUUUAACUGCAUUUAAGGAAGGAAASCCCUUCAGUCUGUGCUAAAAUGGCCUCCUGUCCAAAGGGGGUGUCCAGCAGCUCUAGUCAGAUGCUUCCYGUUGUGAGCUAAAUGUUUAUCCUGUGUGCGACCCAACCAAUGGUGUUGUGAAAUCCAUAUGUUAUUGAUAACUGCAGUGACUCUGUUCAGCCUCGCAAUUAAAACAUUCUGCAGUGUUUAAGGAAACUGUAAAAUGAAAUCAAGAUCACAACUUCCAACUUAAUCUCUUUGUAAUUUCGGGCUUCAUAGAAGGCCUGCUGUGCUGCUGUCUCGUUCCUUAUUUCUGCUUUCUUCAUGAUUUCUUCCCUUGGGAUUUAAAGAUUUUGUUUCCCCCAGGUGCAGGGCUAGUCUUGCAUGUUUUCUGCAGGUUUGUGCCUUAUGUCUGCCGUGCUGUGCCCUGUGAAUAAUCAUUUCCUCUUCAUCUUCCCUACUAUCCUUUCCUGAAUUUGCAGUUUUCUCACCCAUAAGUGCCCGGUGGAUGGGGGGAGCAGAUAGGGAUGUCUGAGCUGCACAAGUCAGUGGGUGAGGAGGAAGGGAACCUGAUGCUGGGGAGUUCCCAGAGGAGCCUUUUCCCUUGUGGGUUUUAAGAGCGUCUCCCUCCACAAAAUGUGUAGGAUCUAGGGGGGGAUGAAGGGAAGGAUGGAGCAAGCAGCUUGUCAACGGGCAGGUUUCAUUUGAUCAGGCAAGGAGGCUGAAAUCAAGGUUUAUGACAAAUAGGUGGCCUGYCUGGAGAAAUACAUACAGAAUAAGUAGAGCCUUCUCUUUAGGCAUUUCCUUCAGCUGUGUUUCAAAGUGUCCUUCUUCCUAGGCCUCUGAAGCUAUUGGGGUUUGGUUUUUUUUGCCAUUCUAGCAGUAUUGCAGAGAAACUUUUCUUGCCUUCCAGUAUCCAGCCAAGCUUGAGAAGACUUCAUUUUUCACACUGUGCCAUCAAAGCAGCAGCCUCUUGCUCCCCAUUGGGUUGUAUUGUCCCAACYGCAAGCUGAUACCUAUGAAAUAAUUGCUUUCUAUCUCUUCUCCCUUCCAAAGCUUGACAAGAUUGGGAUGUGAACAUUUAGUGUACUUUUCCUGUACGAUAUGGUACAACUAUUGGUAGGUUAUUAUUUCACUCUCCGCUUUUUGUGCUUUCAAAUAAUGUCUGUUGAAUUUGAGUAUUUCUGCAGCCCAGUGGGGCUGCUGUGUUUUGAGCUGAUAAAUCUUUCUGAAGCAGGAAGCAUAGACUCUUUUAGGCCGCACACAUCAUUGCUCAGUUAAAAAAUGUUUCUUAAACCUAAAAGCUGCCAUCGCCAACCGAAGUGAACCAAAUGAUGCAAGUAAGGAAUUCUGAGCUCGUUUGCUUGAGAUUAGUAGACACCAGGCUUUCCUUAAACCAUCACUUGUACCUGGAUAUGGGAAAUUGCAUGGGUGUCACCAGGUGAGAGAGUGUCACUUCAACCUAGUACACGUGUGUGUGAGCUCUGAAAGGAUGAGACRACAACAACCCAGUUGUUGCCUUCUGAUCAACGCUCUUAAUCAGAGCAAUAGGAUUAGUCUUUAUUUUCAGAAAAAGACGAGUUUUAAGCUUAUUUCACUCCUAACCCAUUUUUGACAUCUUAUUUUAGUCUUGUUAAAAGGGGUUAAACACCGCUGGUAUCAGCAGCAUCUUUCAUUCUGUCAUUCUGUGAAAGCUCCUUUCCUGAUGUACUUUAUCUUUGAGGACACUUUGGUUUGCUUUGAAUAUUAAAAUAACCUUUCACAUGUUGCCAUUUGCUCUGUUAUGCUUCCAAAAGUAAAAAAUUCAAUGAAUAGCUGGUAGAUCUGUUAUAAACAAUUUGCUGAGAAGUUUUUUUUUUCCUUUUAAUCAAUGUCUCGGAGAACUGUGUUAUUUCCCCAGUGUACCUGCUACUGCUACUGAUUGUGUGCACACAGAUGAAAACAGAUCCUCACUACAGGACUGCUUGGAGAGACUCGUUUUUUUCCUUUCCCUGACAACUUCUGUGGAAGGACUGUAUUUUACCACAUUGUAUUUAAAAUAUUCCACAAAUCUUCAUAAUACCCUAAGAGAAUUUAACAUUGCUGCUGGGCAGUAUGUUUGUGUAGAACU